AAACGCCCUUAGGUCAAAAGCAUUGCUUUCGUUCAUAAUUUGUCAAUACUUUGACAAGUAUACGUUUUUAAUUUACAAAUUCUAACCAAAAUAAAUAAAAAUGGAUUGGAAAUAUUUGUUGGCGCUGGAUCUAGAAGAUAUAAAUGACGAAGAAAAAGAUGAACUGUAUAAUAAUAUUACUUGGUUUGACGUGGACAGUGAAAGUUUAGAUGAGGCAAAGUUUAAAGGGUUAUUGAGGGCUUGUCAGGAAAUUUUAAAGUAUAAAGGCGAACAGGUUGAAACGUUACUUCACGAGUUAGAAGAAAUGGCUGUAAAGCAAGCUGAAGAUGAGGCGAAAAGGCAAGAAAGUGAAGCAGACGUGAGGAGCUCGAAAUCAAGAAAGUCGAGCUCUAUUGAAUAUGAGAAUUUGGAACAAAAAUACUUGGAGUUAAAAGUCAAACAUAAAAAAGCUAUUAAAAUCAAUGAAAAACACGAGGAUGAGUUAAACAAACUCAACAAUAAACUCAAAGUUAUCGAAAAAGAGAAUAAGCGUUUACAACAUGAGCUACAGUCCGUACCACACGAAGCGACCAGUGAAUCAGAUUAUUCGGAGAGUAUUAAAGGUCAACAAAAGGAGUUGGUGGAAACUUUGCAUAACAAAAAUCGACAAAUAUCCGAUUUACUACGGGAAAUAGAGGAAGUCGAGAAUGAAAAUACUGUUUUGAGAGAUAAACUAUCGAAAGUAAGAGAUGAACUGUCGGUAGCAACUAAAGAAAUUGUCUCGAUGGUUGAUUCAUUGAAAGUUAAAGACGAGAAAUUAAGAGAAAACGCUGAGAAUAUUGAAAAGCUGUCGUUAGAAAACGAACAUUUGAAAGAAGAAUACAGUAAUCUUAAAAAAGAAAAGCAAUUAGCUGUAGACCAAUCAACCGAUAAUCUAAAUACACUUAAAAAUCAAAUGAAAGACUUACAGGAAUCUUUGGAUGCCAAAAACGAAGAAAUACAAGGUCUCAAGCACCGACUAAAAGAACCAAGCUUAAACUCUUCUCUAUCCAGUCUUCCAAAAGAUGAUCCUGAACCGUCUCAACUUGCAGCACUUCAAAGGGCUUUACACGAUAGAGAACAGCAACUUUUAGAAAUGCAAGCUCAGUUGAGAACAGCUACUAAAGAAAUGGAGGAAUCGACUACACUUUUAAGUAGAUUAAAAAAACAAAAAGAGUUGGAACAUGAGCGAGUUUUAGAAUUGGAGGCAAAUGGUACAGAGAUGAAAAAUCAAUUGAAAACGACACAUGAUCGAUGUCAAAAAUUACACGACAAUUUGGUGUUGGCCGAAGAAACUAUAAGAAUUAAAAACGAAGAACUCAACCAUGUUCUAGAGCAACUGCGAAAUGAGGGUAAGAUAGAUUUAGCAGAAAACCUAAAGGCACAUAUAGGUUUCAAAACACAAAUUAAAUCACAAGAGAAGCAAAUCAUAUCUUUGGUCAGAGAUACCAACAGAUUACAAGAAGCCAUUGAGAAUUUAGAAAAGGAAAAUUGCUAUUUGAGGGAAACUUCAGGUUUAACGCAAGAGGAAAAAGUUGAUCUUGUGGGUUAUACAUCCAAACAAAGAAAGCUUAAAAAAGAGAAUGAGCAUCUGAAAAAUCAACUUACAAUCAAAGACGAAACUGUUGUUAAACUUAAAACUGAAGUACACAAACUAAAUAAAACCGUAACAUCACUCACCAAUCAAAUUUUGGAGUUAGGACAUGAGCCUUCACAUGAAUUCGUUGAAAUGUUUUCUUUCCCAAGAGAAAAUAGUUUGAUCAAAAAAGAAAAUAAGUCCUUAGUAGAAGAAAAUGAGGCUCUGAGGAAAGGUUUACAUGAAGUAAUGGCUUGCAUAAAUGAAAAGAAAUCGAAACUGGAAAUUAAAUCGGAGACAUUUGAGAAACUUUUAAGAGCUCUAGAUAUAAAACAUAUAACUGGUUGGUACCAUCCAGCAAUGAGGCUUCAAGCUGAACUCCAUAAUUUAGAAGGAAUCAAUACAGAAUUAAGAGAACAACUCAGACAAGCAAGAAUUGAGAACAAGAUCAUUAUAAUCGAGAAGGAGAAUAUGCAAAAUAACGAAGGAGAUGUCACUGAUGGUACUGCUUCUGAUUCCGGAAUACAAAGUGAAGAAAUUAUUUUAGAAAAUAUUGAGGAUAAUAUUAAAUUGUUAUUUAAUAAAAACAAGAAUCCUGAUACAAAAGAUCUUUCGAAGAUACAACAGAAGAUUUUGCUUUGGAUAAAAACUAUACUUCAUUCAAAAACAGAAUUAGAAGAUGAAAUCAAACGUGGCCAUAAUGAAUUAAUAUCAUUAAAAGAGGAACAUGAUAUUUUAUUAGAAAAAACGAAAAUUUUGAUUAGCGAAACCGAUGAGGAAAAGGUAGAAAAGAUAAAUGAUGUUAUUCUAACAAAUAUUGCACUAAACAGAAAAGUUGUGUAUCUGGAAAACGAAAAUAGAAAGCUAUGUGAGAAAAUUGAAAUUUCACAAACCGAAUUUAACAACAUGCAACGCAAUCAUUUGCAGACCAUUAACAAUAUUCAAUUGGACAAUAAUAAGCUAAAUGCUCGUUUGAAAAUAUUAACAAAUUUGAAUAGUACCACAGUAGAUUUUGAAACUCAUAAACAUAUGGAGAAAAAUUUGAACGAAAUGACUAUCAAAUAUAGAGAAUUAUCCGCCGCAAUGCAAAAACAAACGGAUGAUAAAUGUUUAGACUUCAAGACGCUCCUAGAAUCCCAAAAAUCUUUACAAUUGGAUAAAGAAGAGUUGAAAUCGAAGUUGAUGAGUUUGCUGUCGAGACAAGCUUUAAUAAACAUUAAUGACGGCGACGAUAAAUCUGAAAAACUUUCUCAAAAAAUCGCAGAAUCUGAAGUGAAAGAAAUUACAGAAAGACAACGAGCUAACCACAUAAACAAUUUAUAUGAACUAGUGAGAGAACAACUGAAUAAGUCUGAAGAAAAGUUUGCAGAAUUUUCUAAAUUCAACGAAGAAUUAUUAAAGAAAAAUCUGAAUCUUCAAGAACAUUUGAAAGAAAUGGAAGAAAAAAUAUGCGACUACGUUGAUAGAACGGUCUACGAAAAAGUGAAACAGGAAAAUAACAAGUUGAUAAAAGAAAACGAGGAAUUGAUAAAAGAAAACGCGAGUUUCAAAACACAAGAUGAAUUGGAGAAACGAUCUAAGGAGUUUGAAAGAACUUGGAACCAUUCAAAAGAACAAGAGCUGCUUAACCUGAAACACCAAAUCGUUGAUUUGAUUUCAGUGUCCGAUGAAAAAGUGAUAAUAGCUCAAUUGAGCGACGAUGUUAUACAAAAUAGGAAAUCAGUGGAGUUUUAUAAAGUAAGUGUCAACGGAUUGAAUGAAGAACUUAAGAAAAUGAAGGAUAUGCAUUUAAAAGAUAAACUUGAAUACGAAAGGGACCGAAAUUUGGCAGAGGAAAGAGAACGUGCACUGAACAAGCAAUUGGGGCAUCUGAAGACCUUAUUGGGCAAUCAAAGGCUGCAAUUUUAUGGUUAUGUACCGUUGACUUCUGAAGAGCUUUAUAUGAGUAAGAUAAUCAAUAUAAACAAUCAAGAACAUGAAAGUUUUCUUGCUUUACAAAAAGCAAAAGAAGCAGAAAAAGAAGUGGAUCUGCUUAAGCAAACGUUGAAUGUGGAAUUGAAUUAUCUUAAACAGCAAAAAGAAAUUGGAAAUGACAGUUAUAAGGAGGAGUAUAAAAAAAUGGCGAAUUGGAUGCAAGAAAAGAAAACAUUGCAAGUAAAUGAAUUGCGUUUAAAACGUCAGCUCGAAUUCAAAGAAAGUGAAUUACAGCAUUAUAUGGAUAGAACAAAACUGCAGGAUGAGCAAAUAGCAAAAUUAGAUCAUGAGCUGUUACAGAUAUAUAGACAUAUUGAUAUAUCCGACACCGAUACGACCAUAAAAAAUGUCUCUUCUGAAGAACCCCUUCAGAAACCAGAGUCUAAAAAAUUGAUAAUUCCAGAACCUAAGCCUCGUACUUUGAAAUUGACUCGAGCAGUUUCGGUUCAAACGAACGAAGUAGUUACUCAAACACCCACGAUUCUCUUAGAAAAUAACAAUGUCAUUGCAAAUCUGAGAGGUGAAUUAUUUAACGUUCGAGAAGAUCUCAGUAACAAAGAAUCGCAAAUAAAUCAACUGAAGAGUAAAAUCACAGAACAUGAGAUGACCAUUAGCAUGUUUCGUAAGCAAAUUGGUGAUAAACAGAGCCAAAUAUCUUUUUAUGAGAGACACAUAAUGGAAUUACAAAAUAGGAAAAGUGAGGUUGCAAACAAUGGCGCUGGAGGAGAUAAUAUCAACAUAGGAACCGAAAGUAACGGGCAGACUCAAGAGAAUUUAGUUUUAGUGAAUUCGCUGAGAGAUUUGAAACAAGAAAUAACGACUAAAGAUGAACAAAUAAUAAAACUUCAAACACUCUUAAAAAUAGACCGAGAUAAACAUAGCUUAGCAGCAGCUUCCUUACAAGAAGAGCUUCAAAAUAUACAGAAGCAGUUGAUGGACGAAAAACAGAAAGUUAAAAGUUUAGAGGAAAAUUCGAUUAAAAGUAAGACAAAUCGAGUAGCUAUUGAACAAUAUGUGAAUCAAGUCCAUGCUUUAGAACAACAUGCUUCUGAAUUACACACCAAAUUAUCAACACUUGAAGCUCAACUUCAGUCCAGUAGACAAGAAGCGAUCCGCUGGAGGACGAUGGCGAACGAUAGGUUAACAGCUAUGGAAGAUUUGAGAAAAAAUUUAGAGAAACAACAUGAAUCAGAGCUAGCGUUAUAUAAAUCAGAUGCAGAAAAACUGAGAGAUCUUGGAAAUGACGAAAUAAAUAGCUUAAGACAAUUAAUAAUAAGACAAAAGGGAGAAUUGACAGGAAGACUGGAUACCGAUAUCCAACGAUUGGUUAGAGAAAAAGAUGAUAAAAUCCACGAAAUGAUUGUAAAACUACGUCAAAUGAAGACUGUCAAGAAAAACGAACAACUGGAUCAAGAAAUUCCAAAGCCUUCCGAUGUAGAAUCAUCAAAGGAAUUGUUAGAAAAAGAAUAUUUCUUACUCAAAAAACGGUAUGAACAGUUGACGGUGAAAGAGAGAAGUGCGAGGAAUGAAAUUCGGGAAUUGAAAUGUCAAUUAUCAAAAAAACCGGUUAGUGCAAGAAGUGAUAAAUCAGAAAAAUCCAUCAAAGAUCAACUUCAAAAGAAAAUAACUUCUUUACAAAACGAAAUUAUAGACCUUAAACAAAAUCUGAAUGAACAAUUAGCGAUAAAUGAAUCACACAAAAUACAAGCUAGUGAAGAUUUUGAUAAAUGGAAGAAAAUGAAACAUUUCCAACAAACCGCCGAAAAGUUAAAGAACAAAUUGAAAGAGAGAGAUUGUGAGUUUGAGAAGUUGCAACAAACCAGUACAGGUUACAGACUCUUAAUAGAACGUUUGGAACGGGAAAAACGUAACUUGGAAAACAGGAUACGAACUUUGAAAACUUCAAAUGUAAAUGUCCAUGAUAAUGUUGAGUUAGAAAUGUUCAAAAGAGAAAACAACAGAUUACUUGGCGAGGUAGAUGCUUUGAAACAAAAACUAGAAAUUCAACAACACCACGCUGGAGCUCUAGGUACCACAAUGUUACAAGAAAAACUCGAAGGGCAAGAAAGGAAAAUCGCAAUUCUAGAAUUAUCAUCAAAGGGAAGUGCGGAGAUGCGAACAGAGAUGGAACGUUUGCAGAGUGCAAAUUCAAAUUUGCAGAAAAGUAACCUGCGAUUGGAAGCGGAAAACUUGGAUUUGAAAUUGGAUCUCGAAAAAUGUAAUAAAGAAGUGCCUCAUUUACACCAACAAAUUCAACACCUCGAAAAUUACGUGGACGUUUUGAAAAGUGAGAAUGCGAAACAGCGAGUGGAUAAUGGAACUGAUCCACAACCAGUUAGUCCAGAAACUAGAAAAGCCUCAGAACUAGAACGGACCGUUUUCGUAUUAAAAAGAGUGGUGGAAAAAUUGCAGGCUGAAAAUAAGAGAUUAGUCAGUGGUAAAAGACCUCUUUCAGAUAGAUCAGCUUCUGCCGAUAAACUGAAAAGAGACUUUAUACGUUUGAAAGAACAGCAUGCUGGUUGUGUUCAAACGAAUGAGAACCUCCAAAAAGAGCUAGAAUCCACCAAAAAGAAUUUACAAAACGUUACUGCAUCGAAAAAAAGUGACGACAAAAUUGAAAAUUUAUCUGAGGAAUUAUCUCGAGUGAAGGAACAGCUGGAAGUUAAAUCAGGACUGUUAGAUAGAGUGAAGAUAUUAUUACAUCGUGCUGCUGCAAAAGAAAAAGCUCUAAUGCAUGAAAUUGCUGAAUUGAAGAGCAACAAAGAUGUACCGAUAAGUACUAUUCCAGAGGAGUCUGAAGAAACUAGUAGUGAUUCCGAAACAUAGAUUGCUGAAUUGAAGAGCAACAAAGAUGUACCGAUAAGUACCAUUCCAGAGGAGUCUGAAGAAACUAGUAGUGAUUCCGAAACAUAGAUAUAUUUUAUAUUUUAAUAUGUUUAUACUGUAAUUCGAUUUUAAGAAUAAACUUUUCAAUUUUUUCGUGAACAA